CGCUGCUGCUGCCGCCACCGCUGCCGCCGCCGCCGCCACUGCCGCCGCCGCCACCGCCGCCGUCUUUCUCUGUCUUGGCCGAGGCAGCCAUCUUGCUCUUGCCGCGUGCUUGUGUUGGAAGACCCUCCCUGCUUCAGCUGCAUGAGCAUUGAGAUACAAUGCUGAACAAAGAGAAAUCAGAUUCUGAUUGUUACUUGGGAACUGGACUUUGGCCUUAAAGCCAAGAUAUAUACAGAUUUAACAACAGCAUGAAUCAAGAAAAGCUAGCCAAACUUCAGGCCCAGGUCCGGAUAGGGGGCAAGGGUACAGCUCGCAGAAAGAAGAAGGUGGUACAUAGAACAGCAACAGCUGAUGACAAAAAGCUUCAGAGUUCUCUGAAAAAACUGGCAGUAAAUAAUAUAGCUGGUAUUGAAGAGGUGAACAUGAUUAAAGAUGAUGGGACGGUAAUUCAUUUCAACAAUCCUAAAGUCCAAGCUUCCCUCUCUGCUAACACCUUUGCAAUCACUGGUCAUGCAGAAGCCAAACCAAUCACAGAAAUGCUUCCUGGAAUAUUAAGUCAGCUUGGUGCUGACAGCUUAACAAGUCUUAGAAAAUUAGCAGAACAGUUCCCACGGCAAGUGUUGGAUAGCAAAGCACCAAAACCAGAAGACAUUGAUGAAGAAGAUGAUGAUGUUCCAGAUCUUGUAGAAAAUUUUGAUGAAGCAUCAAAAAAUGAAGCUAACUAAAAUCUUUUCUGGUUUUUGGAAGCUGGCAUGGACUAGAUUUAACAAAUCAGCUAUGUGGUUCCAAAGUUUUAUCAACACAGAGAACAUCACCUGUUAUUAGUUCAAUAAUAUAAUAUUUUGUAUAUUAAUAAUGCUGUUUGUUCAGCAUUUUUCGGUCAUUUGAUUUUGCAUUUUGCACUUCCUACCAGGAUCUAUUCUUUUGGUCAAAAUAUGAAGUACUGGUGCAGUUUGAGGGUGAAGGGGUUUUGAUUCUUGGGUUUUUUGUUUUGGCGGGGUAAUUUGGGUGUAUGUAUGUAUAUGUAUGUGUGUGGGUGUGUAUACACAGUGGAGAAAAAUUUGGAAAACAGUUUUAUUUAUCCUCUUCCUUCCCCCGGGAGAAAUAAAACAAAUCUUUACAUUU